AUGAAGUCCUGCAACCUCAUGAAUGUGGCUUGUGCCUGCAAUAACUGCAAGGCUCGGAUAAAGGAUUAUGCGAGAAUGGAGGCACGGACCAUGUGGCAGCCCCUGGGAAUGGCCAGCUUUGGCAUGGGCAGUGCCACCCCAGCUGGCAGCUGCGACUCCAAUUCUUACGCGACCAGACUCAGACCGCGAUCCCGCCCGCCAUCCGCCCCAGUUACGCCCAAGAAGACCCCGAAAACACCCAAGAAAGCUCCCCAAAAAGGCGGCGCCGCGACUCCACGGAACCAAGACACUCCCGCGCGUAUCGACUUGCAGAAGACUCCCAGCGGCGCUCAGAAAGCUGCGCGCGCCGGCAAAAUGUCGACCCAAACGGGCAAGUUCCGCGAGGACCAGGUCCUCAUCAUCUGUCCCGGCAGCCAGACGACCAUGGCCCAGCUGGGAUGCGGCGAGCUGACCCCGCCCAUCCACCGCAUCCCGACGCGCAUGUUCAAGGACGCCGAGACGGACGAGUGGCGGCCCUUCCAUACCUUCAAGCGCAAGAAGCCCAAUGCCAACGGCGCGCUCGCUAUCGAUGGCCCGCGGCUCGACGAGGACGAGUACGAGUGGGUUGAGGACACGGACUCGGCCGAGGGCGCCGUCUACCCGCUUCAAGGUACGAUUGAAUGA